AUGGGGUUGAUACGCUUCUAUACCUCGCUGGCACUGAUCUCUGCCUCGGCCUUCCUCGUCCGGGGUCAGAGUGAUGAUUUAGGCCUCGCGAAUGGUUAUACUAAUCUAAAGACCAACAAUUUCGACCUCCAGCUCGUUACGGACGCCCAGAUCCUAGCAUCGCUCAAGCCAUCCGGGUCAUCAUUUGACUUCUUACCGUCGGAUUACUUGCCGUACCGAGCAGCCAACGGUCAGUACCAUAUUGGAGACAUCACCUUUCGGUAUCGCGCGGUGGGGGAGAAAGAAUGGACAGCCGGAGAUUCCUCCCAGGCUCGGGCCGUGGUAAAGUCGCUUGACGCCAAUGCGCUGGCCGCGGCCGAUAUAACAUCAACGUUGCCGAGCAGCUCGGCUCUACAAAUUGUUCGACAAUGGUUGGACGUCGAAGGGGACUUGGGGCUGAGCUUCACCCUCACGAACAAGGGCAAUAGUAGCGUAGAAAUCGGUAGCCUGGGCUUCCCGAUUGAGUCCAACAGUAUCUUUACAAAUCGCACGGCGGAUGAAGUUACGGCGCAAUGCUCCCUCGUGGACCCCUACAUCGGGCGGGAUGCUGGCUAUCUACAAUUCUCUCCAACCUCCGGGCAGGGUCCAACCUUGAUUAUCACCCCGUUGGUCAAUACGAGUACCCCGUUCGAAGCCUGGCGCAACCUCGAUGAGGUAUCUGACACCUACACCGGGUACGGUAGCCAGACAUUUGAAGGGUUCUAUGAGUGGCAGACUCAUUCAAAGGCAUAUGCCGAGAAGGAAUGGGCUCAGGUGAAUCCAUGGAAUGAACCAACCGCGCGCAGCCUCAAACCCGGUGAAUCUACCACUGUGGGUCUUCGCUUCUCCGUGGUAAAGGAUGGGGUGCGCGGAAUCCAAAAGGCUGUCCAGGGGACAAAUACCCCAUUGACGAUAGGAACAGGAUACAUCGUUCCCCGCGAUCUGACGGCACAGCUUUUCGUCUUUCACUCGGCCAAUGUGUCCAAGGUCGUAUCCGACAACAAUGCCUUCGACAUUGCACGCCCUUCAUCCAACCUUGUUUCCCUUUCCCCCACCCAAUCAGCCUGGGGACGGACCAGAGUCACCAUCACCUACGCGGACGGAAAAGUCCAGACGGUCCAUUACUUCAUCACGGACACUGCCCCGGAUGUGAUCUCCAAGUUGGGCGAAUUCUCAACCACUGCCAUGUGGUUUGACGACGAGAAGGACCCCUUUGGUCGGGCACCCUCUGUGAUCACGUAUGACGAGGCCACCAAAGCACAGGUUCUUCAAGAGGCGCGUGUUUGGAUUGCUGGACUGAUGGACGAAGGUGGCGCCAUAUUUCUCGCUUCCACGAUGAAAGAGCACGGUCUUCCCAACGCCGCGGAGGUGGCGAAGCUGGAAGAGUUUGCGUCCAAAGUACUGUUUGGCAACAUUCAAAACGCCAAUUUCACGGUUCGUAAGAGCGUCUUCUACUACGAUCCAGAUCAACUUCCGAGUUAUGAGUACAGCAACAAUAUCGACUGGGGAAAUUGGUGGUCGUGGAAUAAGGACGCUUCAUACUCCACCGAUCGUGCAUAUGACUAUAUCCACGUUAUUGGCGCAUACUGGUCAUUGUAUCGCGCCGGCCGCGACAACCCUACCCUUCUCAAGGUGCACCCAUGGCAGUGGUAUCUGGGCCAGGCGUACAAUACGACCGUAACGUGCUUUGCGACAAACUCUGCCGGUGACGGCCUGGUAGGUUAUUCGCGCCUGGGUCUAAUGGGAGAGACCGUUGUCGGAGAGCUCCUGGCAGAUCUGCAACGCGAAGGCUGGACCGAAGAGGCGGACGCAGUAGAAGCCGCCAUGAAACUGCGCGCGGAAGCGUGGGACAGGCAAUCGGAGCCCUUUGGAAGCGAAAUGGCAUGGGAUUGCACGGGCCAGGAGGGCGUUUAUUACUGGAGCAAGUCUGAUGCCAACGGUAUCGCAUUGGGGCUGGAAUGGGAACGCCCGGCGGUACUGGGAUUUCAUGUGAGACUCAGUCCAGCAUCUGCCUGUCCAAGACUAAGAUCCUUUAGCUAUGCCGGGAAGCUCCAACGGAUUGAACGCAUGAUCCAUCAUUAUGGUUCCAGCCUCAACGCAUUGCCCCUCCUCGCUGAGUUUCGACAAAACCCGAGCGACACCUAUCUCCUCCGAGUUGGGUACGGUGGAAUCACUGGCCCGUUAAGCAAUAUCCGGGAGGACGGCUCGAUGUACAACGCGUUCCACUCAUUUCCCGAUACUCUCAAGGGCGAUGACUAUUCCGGCGACUAUGGUCCUAGCUUCCUUGGAAUGAUGCUGGGUGCCGGUACAUACGUCGUCGACGACCCUGACGUCGGUCUCAUAGCGUACGGUGGCAAUCUGUCCGUGGAGAGCGACAGGGUGACAGUGCGACCGCGUGAUGCCGUCCGGCGACGUGUAUAUGUUGCGUCGAUGGGUGUUUACGUCACGAUAAGUACCGGCCAGAUCGAAGAGUUCUCAUUUUCCGCCACUCAGCCAAACUCUCUUGAACUGGAUAUUGUCGCAGGAUCAUCCAAUACGACCACGGCGAUUGUAUGGGUUGAGAACCCUGGUACAACAGACGCGUAUGCAGUAACAACCAGCGGGGAACAGACGAGGGGAGGUGUGGUGGUUGAGCUAUCGGCUGGCUCCGUGACUGUCACAGUAGCCAGGCAGUAG